GUGCAGCAGGCUCGCACAGGCAGACCCAAGAUGGACAGAACCUUGGAAUCCCUGAGACACAUCAUUGCCCAAGUGUUGCCUCACAGAGACCCGGCUCUAGUCUUCAAAGACUUGAAUGUAGUGUCAAUGUUACAGGAAUUUUGGGAAAGCAAGCAGGAGAGGGCUGCGUUCCCAAGUGAAGGAGUGGUGGUCUACGAGUCACUGCCAUCUCCUGGGCCUCCCUUCGUGAGUUACGUGACCCUCCCAGGAGGAAGCUGCUUUGGCAACUUUCAGUGCUGCUUAAGUAGAGCUGAGGCCAGACGGGAUGCAGCGAAAGUGGCCCUAAUCAACUCCCUCUUCAAUGAGCUGCCCUCUCGCAGGAUCACCAAGGAAUUCAUAAUGGAGAGUGUGCAGGAAGCGGUUGCCUCCACCAGCGGCACACUGGACGACGCAGACGACCCCAGCACCAGCAUCGGGGCCUAUCACUACAUGCUGGAGUCGAACAUGGGGAAGACCAUGCUGGAAUUUCAGGAGCUGAUGACCAUUUUCCAACUACUGCACUGGAACGGGAGCCUGAAAGCCCUUCGUGAAACCAAGUGUUCCCGACAGGAAGUCAUCUCCUACUAUUCCCAGUAUUCCCUAGAUGAAAAGAUGCGCAGCCACAUGGCCCUGGACUGGAUCAUGAAGGAGCGGGAAUCGCCAGGAAUUCUCUCUCAAGAACUACGAAUGGCCCUGAGGGAGUUGGAGGAAGCCAGGAAAGCAGGACAAGAACUACGGUUUUACAAAGAAAAGAAAGAAAUCCUGAGUUUAGCCCUGACUCAGAUCUACAGUGAGUCUGACACUUCCUCACCCAGUGAUGAUCAGCUGAGCCUCACGGCCCUUUGUGGCUAUCACUAGCAAGCCCUGGUCCCAGCUGCCCCCGAGGUUGGCAGAGGCUGGACUCUAACAUUAGGAAGCUCACUGAAGGAGGUCAUCGGAGGCUUUAGCACUGAUAGCUACUAGCUGAAGGCUGUUCUAAUCCUCCCACCCCCCUACUCACAGCAUCUGAGAGUAGUAGAACCUUACAGGACCCAACAUCCCACUCAAUGCAAUUUUCCUAUCAUGCUCUCAAUGGUUCCACUUGAGACUGAAAGGACAGAGACAGGAUUAUUGAAAAAUAUUUUCCAGGCGUGGCUCCAGCCUAAAGCCCAGUUGACAUGUGCCUGGCUAGAUUAUAUAGUUGUUUCAAAGAAUUGGCAGGUGUAGUAUCCCCUAGAAAAACAUGAGCCAGGACUGCCAAAAGUAGCAUGAUAGCAAUUUUUUAAAACACUUGGGAUUGAAUAAACAAUACAGAUUGUUUUUAAAAUAUCCAAAAGUCAGAGUUUAUUCCUAAACUUUGUAAGCUUAGAGAUAGCUUACCCUCUACUAGGUAUGACCCAAAACUAUAGUGAAAAUUUUAUCUGGACACCUGACUAUCAAAGAUCUUAAAGGGGUAAUAAUAUGAAAAUACUAGAUAAAUUUAAUGUGGCUUAAAAUGCCAUUGUAAUAAU